ACAUACAUACAUAUAUACACAUAUAUAUGUUUGAAAAUAAGUUACCCCAGUAAUUAUACGAAUUCUCUUACAUCUACAAGUAAAUAAACACUUUGAAGCCUAAAAAAUAAAAAAAAGAUUGUAUUCGAAGUAAAGAAAUUUGGAUUGCUUUGAGCUUUGAUUGCAAAGUAUUCCAAAGUAUUCCUUGUAUAUUUGUUAAUGUGAGGGAAGAAGACACUAAACACAGCAUCUCUUCAUUGUCUUCCGUCACCUUUUUUCUAUCCUCCAACAUAAUGAUGAUGAUGAUGAUGUCUAACGCCAAUUCGUCUCUGUUCGAGCGAAUCGAGGACGAACUGCCCCAGUCUUCGCUUUACUGGUUACUAAUUGCUUUAUGUGCGGUGAUGAUGUGGACGAUAUACAUUACCUAUUACAACUCGCGAGUUCUCGGAUUAAUCUUAACUGUGAUACUCAAUAAAUUCGUACACUUUGGACAUGUGAAGUUCGGUUCUUUUUCCUUUUCUGUUUUGAGUGGCAAAAUAAUGUUCCGUGAUGUGCAUUUGGUAACAGAAGAUUUUUCAGUCAGAGUGCAAUAUGGAUGGGCCAUUUUCAGAUGGUGGCGGCCUUAUGUUCAUAGAGAAAUCAAUGAAGAUUUAUCUCAUUGUGAAACUCGGUUAUCAUUAUUCUUGGAAGGUUUUGAAUUUCAUGUUUAUAAUCGAUCGUUUCGGUAUUCUUUACUGGAGAAACUCUUUGGUUUGGAACCAGACAUGAUUCCUGAAGAGGAGAAAGAAGAAGAUACCGGUGUCGAAACUAUAGAAGAUAAUAAAAACAAUGUAGAACCAAAAAGAUCUCUUCACUGGAGAGAUUUAAUACCUGUGAUAAAAGUAGACAUUAAUUCUGCUAGAAUAAUUUUUGGGAAUUACCUCAUUCCUACUACAUUAACUGUAAAUUUUGAUGAAGCUCAUAUUGUAUAUACAACAAAACCUGCCUCUACACCGUUUGAUCAGUUCAUGCACGUAAUGAAGUGUCGAGCUGAAAAUGCACGAGUUAUGUUGGUGCCCAGCCCUAAAUACAACGGCCCCAUUGAUGUACCUCCUCGCAACAUGGGUGAGGGAUUUGUGGUGCUUCAGUCUAGAGAUGUUGAAAUGUAUUAUUAUAUGGAUGAACCAGGCUUAGUCCCUCAUGAACCAGAGUUAGUACAUUUGGCAGAUGGUGAAGUUAUCGUGAGAAGGACAUAUCCUUGCUUUGGAUUUGAUCUGAAGUGUGGCAAAAAUACAGAUUUCAACUAUGGUUCCUGGGCAGACCGACAGAGAGAACAUCUCUGGAAGUUUUUCUUUCCUGCAGACUAUCAACCUUUGCAACCCACCAGAGAUCCUAGCCCAGGUGAGCGGAGGCAGUACAAAGCAUUUGAAUUUCGUAUGAGUAUUAUUGCCAAAGCAACUGUGGAUAUACUCUUUACCAAAAAUUCUGUCAAUCAAGCUAUACAUAUGAACACAGGGCAAGGUUCAUAUGUAGAAGCUAACAUUCCAUGGAUUAUCGGAGAAACGGGUUACACUACAAAAAUAACUGGUCAGUUGUUACUUCUUGAUGCCACAACCAGUCUUCAGUUUCGGUCCUUGGUUGACUGUGAGACAUUUGAGUUCUCCAUCAGUGCCACAUAUCCAAUUAUCUGGAAUAGUCAUCAAGACUGGCAAAUUGACUUUACUGCCUGCAAAGCAACUGUUUACCUUAUCUAUGAUCUGAAGUCAUUCUUCUCAGAUCUGACUGAUGAUUGGUCAAGUCGGCAGGUUCCAGAUAUUUACCAUUUUGUUCCAUACACUUGGCACAUCAAUUUGAUAAUCAAAGAAUUUGAAUUAGUUGCACUGGCAAACCAACACAACUGGAUUGAUACUUCUUCUCAAAAUCAAGAGAACAUUUAUGUUGCAUUUUGUGGUGAUAUGUUUGACUUGUCAAUUCAGCUUCCCUAUGAUGAUUUCCUUCCUCCAAAAGUUGCAACACGUAUUUUCAUACGAGGUGAGAGUAUGGAUUGUCGGUUAUUUCUACCGGAAACUGUGACUAGUCGCCAUGUUAUCAAAGCAUUGUCAGAGAAUAUGAAAAUACUUGAUCGUGAUGGAAAUGUUCUUGAAAAAGGCUUCCCUGCUCAAAGGGAAAAGUGGAGGAAACUCACACAGAAAAGUGCUGACUGGAUUGAUUGUUGGACAACACCCAUUGCAGCUUUGAGCAUCACAUACACCUAUCACCCCAUGCCACUAUUGCAUGUGUGCAGCGACCCCGUGGCUGGUCUUGAGGAGAACAUCAACUCUGGUCUAGAACUUGAAGAAGCUCUGCUUAUUCCACUUCGGCCUCUAAGACAAGACAUGGUGUAUUCCAAGCCGCCGGAUGACUUUGAUCCUGUUUUACUAGAACCAGAUGUGAUCAACCUUGAAUUAGAAGUCGGACCCUCAGUACUCUGUCUGUAUGGUUCCUUACUUCUCAGUUUGUGGAAUAUAAAGGAAAAUUAUUUUGGAGAAGACCAACAUUUUACAGACUUUUAUAAUGCUCCAAAAAAUGAUGAAGAAAAUGAUGUAAGUUUUCCAAAUCUGUCCACUAGUGAAGAAAGAUCAGGUUCAUUUGACCCUCGAAAGUAUCGUCCAUUGUCCGUAACAUUUUCUGUUACGUUACAUGACAUGCAGAUCCACCUCAUAAAGAAUUGUAAUGUGGAUGAAGUUCCCUGCCCUUGCCUUUAUGUUGAAAGGUUAGGAUUUGAAAUGGAUAAAUCAUAUAAAGAAACCAAACUUCAACUCCUCAUAUCCCCUUCAUUAUUAUUGUCCAGAGAUUCUACUGAGAGAGAUGCUGAACAUGCUCACAUACACGAAGGACAUUUGGCCUUAUCUGGUCUGCAAGUGCGGGGACAUGCUAUGUUUUCAGGAGAAGGGUUACCUCUAGAUCGUGAUACAAUAGAAUAUGCAUGGCUCGUCGAAGUCAUAGUUGGUAGUCUUUCUGGAAGACUGACAUCUCCGCAGGUUCAAAGUAUUGUUGAAUUUCUUGAAACAUUCAUUAUGCUUGUUGACGAUUCUGAAAAUAUUUUGCAAUCCCCCAUACCGUACAGAAUGUGCCAACACGGCCUACCUCAACCGCAGUGUCGAAUGUUUCCACAAUAUCCAUUCUGUUGCCCUUCACCCGAAGACAUCAAAUACAGAAUGACACGAGCCUCUGUUGAUUCCAUUAAUUUACAUUUUGUUGAAUUUGGUUCGUCUUCCAAUCUCCAGAUUUCUCCAAUCAGGUUUUCUACGUGCAAUCUUCAUGGAAUUACGACUCGAGCUGGAGUGACAGGCUUUGUUGAACAGAUAACUUUGACUCAGUAUAUUUCCACAGCUCCUAUGAGACAAUCAAAUGGUCAACCAGAAGUUUGGCUGGAAUGCGGCCAGGUUUCAUUUGGUCCUAUUAAUAUUGAAGCAGCAAUGGCUCUUCCCAACUUAGAAUUUCAUAAAAUACAGGAUGAUUUUCUCAAAUCGCAUGACAGAAAGACACGCCGUCUUUGGUUCUUGUGGAGAUCCGAAGUGCCAAAUGUUACUUUUGUUAUUGGACGUAAAUGUGGCUGUCUUGGAGGAUGUAAAUUUUUUGGCAACAACAAAAAUGGUCUCGGUUUUUUCCACCCUAAAAAGUUUUCCUCUGGCAAUUCAAACGCUGCCGUCUUUCAGAUUUUUCCUAAGGAUGCUGAUCCUGGCUUUGGACAGAGUCUUCUCUGUCGAAAUAAACUAAUGUUUGAGACAAAUAAUUCUAAAGUACCUGGGUCACCUGAAACAUAUAAAGGUUUAAUAUUUACUCGCGGUUAUAUGAGUACAUUUGGUAGCCCUGAUACACCAACAACUAACGUAACUUUGGUAGAUAGUCUUCAGAAGCAAAUGUCUGUUGCUGGUGAGCAGCCUCAGGAGAAACAGGCUGACGACAGUGGCGAUGAGGAUGAUGACACAUCCCAUUCCUCAAGUACUGUGACAUCCAACACCCACGGACCCACGAGUAAGACUUCGGCUGAUGUCAGUAAAAAUAUAGAUGAGCAGGACAAAUCACUAAGUAUAACUUCUGAUGGGUUUUCGCUGGCUGAUCCUGUUAGUUUAAAUAGCCUGACAGAGGAGACCGAGUUUGGCAGCUGUAGUUCUGGCCCCGUGUGUAGUGGAGACUAUGCCCGUCAUGGUUCCCUCGCCAGCUCUAAUGGCUCAGUCUACAGUUAUCCUUCAUCUCCUUCUUCUGGUUUUGCCCGCUUACACAGCAUGACUCAGAGUAGCACAUCAGCAAAGACUGGAUCUCCCACUAGAAGAUACCCUUGGUCAAGUCCUGAGACUGGUCGAAGUCGGUGUACCAGUGGAGAAUAUUACACCAUGACAUCGAUGGAAAGUGAUCGUUAUUUCACUGCUGAUGACGACGGGACCAUGUCAGAGACCGAACUUCAACGAUUCUUCUAUAGGAAACCAGUGUUCCAAGACGUAAAGUUAUUUGGCCAAAACAGCGGCACCGUAACUAAUGAAAAACCGGCUGAAAAUCAGAAGCGAGACAGAAGUAGAAGCUUUGAUGUCAAUGGUACAACUUCAAGAAGUAAAAAGCGACCCAAGUCCACCCAUAGCUCAACAUCUUCCAGUUCCACACUUUCAUUUAUGUCUGCAAUAUCUUCUCCUGAUGACAUCACUUCCAAUAUUGUUCUCGAGGACCUCUCCAUGGUUGAUCUCCAUGGUCAAAUGAACCAACCAAUAACCAAAUCCCCUGUUCUCAUGUCUUGCUAUCUCAACCAUCUCACUCAUAUGCACUGCACUGACUGGGCAGCACCAUCUCCAUUCGCGACCACCCACACGAAAUCCGCCUCAUUCAAAGGGCUGAAGCAAGACACAUCAUUUUUCUCCCAUUCAUCAUUAACUUAUGCUCCAUGCCGGUUUUAUCCCAAACAGUCGUGGGUGCCACACUUCUCCAAAGUCAAGCAAGGUUUUUCAGUGAGUAUGAUGAAACCUCGUGAUGAAAUUGAUGUUCCCCAGACUCCACUUCUUGAUGGACCCACCGAUCCUUGGAACUCAUUUAUUGAAGAAGAGGAAGCAUUUGAUUCCGCCGAGGUUGUCAUCUCUGAAAACACAUCCAAGACUACAGCUGUGAUUAAACUCAAGGGUUCAGUUGAUAUUCUAUUAACUCCCUUAUUACUUGAAUCAACCCAAAGAUACAUUGAAGCCAUCACUCCUGUUUUAUCCAAGCUUCAUCCAUCUUCAAUCAUUGAUCGCCUGCACAGCCGAUGUUUAGAUCGACUAAAGCAGAAAAACCGCUUAAAAAAACACAGCUCGGAUGAGAUCCAUGAUAGUAAUAGUUCUCGCCGGGAACCAAUGGAAAUGAAAACAUCCAGUAUUCAAGCUUAUUUUUCAUUAUCAAAGAUCAAUGUGUGUAUUCUCCAGACAUCAAUUGUUGAAGAAUUGGUGUCGUUCUCAGCCUUAGACAACAUCCACGACUUCACCUGUGUUUCAUUACUGGCUGUCUGCAUCAGCAACAUUGAAUGCCAACUCCUUUCCAACUGCCAUUCUUGCAAAAUUGCCAAUGACAACAGCCCAAGUAGUAGUCUCCACCAUUCCACCAAUCUGUUGGUCAAUAAAGAGAAAUCCUCAAAAGGGGCUACCAAUACUGUUGGUGCUGGUACAGGGACCGAGUCCACGAAUACAGAAUGUUACAAACUGUCUGAAACCUCCAAAGAUGAAAAUGUCGGUACGCUGUCCAUUGAAAAAAUUCACUUCCAGUUUCGGCGUCUCUUGAAACACAGUAACUUUUCCGAAAAUGUCAUUUUGACAGCCAUUCCAGAGUUCCGCUCUAAAGUUCUGUUUGUGUUUGAUAAAGAGAACAUACCUUGUGAAUCAAAGCAAAGCACAUUGAGUCGAGAGUCCUCGCAGACCAGUGGCCGAGAAUAUCGUCAAAAAUCAGAUGAACUUGGCAUUGGUUUCAUAAUGUUUGAAUGUGGUAUGGAAGGAAUAAACUUAACAGCUGUAAGGAGGCUGGGUUUCAAAGAAAAUGUUGAUACAGAAUUUCAACAUAAGAUGGAAGAAAUUGAAAAGACUCUUGAAGAGAUGCAGGAACAAACAAAAACAGAACUUGAUAAAGGAGAAGUUCCCAAAAAAUGGCAAGACAAGAAAAAUUCUAUGUCUUCUUGGGAUUCAACCAUGUCAAUAACAUCAUCAGAUAGCCAGUUUCCAUCUUUGGAAAGACUUACCAAAAUGAGUCCUUUAGAAGGUGACGCUUCCAGUGGAGUUUUAAAACUAGAGACAAUCUGGUUUAAUUUUGCAGCUCCUCCUCCCUUACCUAUGAGGAGAAAAAUGGACUUCACGAGGCUUGACUGGAAUCUUCUGAGUACUGCAACCCCAGCUAUCAACUCCUGGUUAAACCCAACUGAUCACUUAAUUGUGGCAAUAAAGCAACUUAGAGACGCUCUUACUCAUCGCAAUUGCUCUGUGAUGGCUUGCAUCAUGACUGAAGCAUUGGAGGUCCAAAGUAUACACAUGCCGUACAAGAGAAAAUUUAACAAGUUAAAUGGCUUGUCAAAAAUUCUUCAAGAAGAUCCUUCUUGUCAAUUAUUCACUGUCCUGCGGAAAUACGUGAAGAGUUGUGGCAUAAGCCCUAUUGAAACAGCUGUAAAAUCUGAUACCAUUCCUCAAUUAAUAACUAUUCAGAAAGGAAUCUUAGCUCUCACCCGACAGUGGAAGACCGUGCUGUACAUGCCACAUCUUGCUGACAUGCAUCUGAAAUCGAAAAAGGCAGCGAAACCUUACACUGUGGCAUUUACAUUGCCUGUCAUGGAUGCUUCCAAUAAUUUCAACAUGGAUGACACAGAAAUGCCGAUUGAGCAUUUUGAUAUUGUAGAUGAACGAACAUCUUUACUGCUGGCAGAGGGUGGAUCAAUCCAUCAGUCUUUAUCCAUGCCCAGCUUGUCUGGUCAUAGCAUUCCAGUUCCCCCAUCUUUGGCUGUGAAUCAUCCUCCACAAGGUCCAGUCAUCAUCACAAGUUGCCCUGAUGAUGAUGACGAUAAUGAGAACAUGAACAGACCGACAAAACGAAAGCAGGUCGUGACAGAAUCCCCAGAGCCAUAUUUUCAUUUGAAACCUGCAUUUGCUACAAACUCCCCAAUGACUCGGAACGAGAGUACGUACAGUUUUGUUUCUGCUGCUGGUAGCAUGUCUAGCCUGGAACAUGGCUUAAACAAUACUCCUCCACAAACUCCCCUUCGUGUCAACUUUCCUCGGAGUAUGCCACUGGGCAGAAAGAGUCCUAGAAAUGGAGACAAUUUGUAUGAAUGGAUGGCCCAGCAACAAAAUCGUAUAGGCAAUCAUUUUACAAACCUUUGUCCAUCUUCUCGACGACAAGAUUCUAUUAUGACUGCCUUUGCUAGUAAUUUUGGUAGUGAUGAAAGUAAAGUUGGUAUGAGUGCUGAGCACUUAACACUUGCCACAUCAAUUUUACAAUUAGCAGAUGCUCAGAUGCUCUUUAAACCAUUUUUGGAAUCCAUUGGCCUUCACGUUGAAGGUGUACGAACAUCUGCCCUCAUGAAAAAGUUUGGUGGCCAUCUUUCUCUGCAAGGUAGACUGAACACAAUGAAGAUUCAGAUUGCCGAGUCUUCGGACCUGACAUCCAAAGGUAAAGGCAAGUCAAAGACAGCACGUUUUAUAAAAGUGAUCAACACCAGUGCAGACAACCCAGCUUUCCUCUGUGAAGAUUUUGUCGUUAAUAUCGGAAUGAGAGAUGUUGUUGAUUUUGAGAAGAACAAGGGCAAAGACGAAAGGAAGUAUGUCUCUUGGAAGUUUGCCAUGCACAAACUAGAAGCUAAACCAACCACUCUGAAAGUGAAUUUCAUGAUUAAUUGCCAUUCCGUUACUCAACAUGUAGACAUGCCCCUCUUGCGAUUGAUUCAUCAGUUUGUCACAAUGAUUGACAACAUCAAUGAGACACGAGUGGAACUGAAGCAGAAUCGACCGGCCGACUCAGAUUGGCAAAAGACACAUCGUAAACAAGAUUCUAAAGAUUCUACAUCCAGUGCUGAUACUCAACAAUCCCACACUUCAAAGACUCUACCAACAGAACAAGAUACUCCUACGCCAGAUGCUAGCGUCAGCUCUGAUGUAUCCAGCCAUGACGGUACUAAAAUUAUCACAAAGCGUAAAAAUAAGCAAUCACCGAAGGUUCGUGUCACUCAACCUUUGGAAAGCAAGCGUCCUGAUAAACUUCCCUUAAUGUCUCUGCGGAGAACUCAUUUACGGUUCUCUGGAAAAAGUAAGAAAUCAGGUUCUCGAUCUCAACAGUCGAGUAUAUUAACGCCCCCUCACUCGUUGAACCUCAGUGAUUCGGUGACCAUCGACAUGGGUGAUACUUCUUCGCCAGUGUUUGCCGAGAAAACAAUAGUUGAUGAAAUAAAAGAAUCAACUCCUCGUUGCUGGCGUACGUUGUAUCAUCUGCUUGAACUUUACUCCACAAUGCCUACAACGAAGACCCUCGGCCGGAAGCCAUCCAUGCUUCCUGCCAUUGCAGAAGAGGAAAAUGAAAAGGAGACAAGCAAGAACGAUUCCAAGAGCUUGUCGAAUGCUGAAGAAGGAGUCAGUAAUACUGCUAAGAACAAACCAGAAAAUGAAGAAAGUACAAGUACAAACCUACACAAUCGAUCCGUGAUUGGUAGAAGUACUUUCAAGCAAAGUUUUUAUAUUGGUGAGACCAUACCACUGGUGGUGUUUGGAAUUGCAAAAGUGGAAAAGUUCCGUAUUCUAGCAGCAUUGAGUGGUUUAAAGUUGGAUGCUGAGCUGAAGUGUGUUCAUGCCAGUGGAGCAUACAGAGAAAAAGUGAAAGGUUUUGUGGGUAAAAGUUCAUCUGAAUCUUCAAUUACUGCACACAUUGGACAUACAAGAAUUGGACUUUUAGAAGGGAUUCUUCCCAACAUGACAAUCGUCGUCACAGUGGACGUAAACAAAUCCCAGGGUCUGUACACGAGUGUUGUGAGGCGCAGCAAGAAACACAAUUCUGCAUUGAUCUCAAUUGGAGCCAUCGAUGUCGACAUCCCGCAGCAUCCUGUCGUACUUCACGGUAUGAUGGCACGAAGCUCUAAGCAAUUGUCUACAACGUUCCAAGAAUUCCGGAGAACAGCUCAAAAAUCAAGACAACCGGAUAUUUCAGAAUCAAUCAACCCUGAAGUUGUUGCAGCAGAAAUUGCUAACGCUGCGAAAAUGACAUCCGAUAACAAGGCUAAGACUGAGAACCCGAUGAAGACUGUCACCCUUCACAUUCACUUCAAGGCUAUUCUACAGGGUUUAACCAUUGGUGCUUCUUUGUUACCAUCCCUUCGUGCUCAUCAUAAGACAAGCCCUAUUACAGUGACUGGUAUGACCGGCAAGAAAGCACGAUUCACAAUCGAUCUCCCAGCCCACACAUUGAGCUUCAAAUCAAGAGUCAGUUCAUUUGAAACGUCCAUACCUUCAUCUGCUAGCAUUGAUCUACCACCAAUUCAUGUGUAUGCAGACUACCGGCACCACAAAGCCACUUCAACUAAUUCUGAUAAUCUCACAGAUGGAUUGGUGCUUAAAGAAGGGGGAUAUUUGAAUGCUGUCGCUGAAGUGGGCAUGCUGGAACACAGCCUCACCACAGACCUACUCAACCAUGUCGUAUUUGUACAGAAAGUUUUCAUGAAGGAAGUGAAUGAGUUAGUUCAGAAAGUUUCUGGAUCUGAUCAGCCAAUAAGAAUCUGGACAACCAAUGAAGGAACUACCAUGAGCAAAAUCAGAGAACCUCUGCUGUAUUCUCUUCUUUUUAGACUGAAGGGCAUCCAAAUUACUGCCACAACACCAACAUCGAAUGCAGUCCGGUUAGAAACUGGUUCCAUUGACCUUGAAGUAUCAAAUCGUGUUCAACUAGCUUCACGAGAAUCAAAAUCAGAGUACUCUGUCUAUGAAAAUAACCAGAAGGUUUUCAUCCGAGCUCACAUUGAUCUUAAUCUUACUUUGGGGCAACUGUUGAAGAACCCAUUAUUUGAAGAAGCAGAACCUGAAUUUCAGACAAUGGCUUAUUUUAAAACCAAAAUUGGAAUACGGAAUGCUAUUCAAGAUGAAAUGAUACCUGGCCAAGAAGAAGACCAAGAGGCACUGCUAAUCACCCUGACUCGGCCCAUUAUUCUAGCACAGCCCCAAGACUUUGACAAAGCUGUGCUAGUUUGGCUGAAUUACAGAAAUGCUUAUGAAUACUGGACUGAACAAAGAAUGGCUCUAAACCGAGAGGUUCAGACAGCCACCAGACAAGUAAUCGACAAACUGCCCCAGCUUGCUCCGUCAGCUCACACCAACCUCACCACCUUGUUUCUACAGUUAACGGUUGAUGACAUGGGGAUUUGUCUACCAAUCCAUUCUUACAGUCAGAAUGGAACCCAAAAUGUCACUCGUUUCAUGGAGAUUGAUGUUGGCACAGUUUUGGUAUUGACUAUUGAGAAUACUCAAAUAUCUGCUUGUUCUUCUGGAUCUUUAGUAAGCAAAGGACGCUUUACAGGGUUUUGUCUUAGGUUUGCUGAUGACUUUGAAACAUCAUGGGACGAAUGGAAACCGGUCAAUAAAGAAGACAGCCCCAUAAUGAAUGCAUGUGUUGUACCAGAAGGAACAUAUGAAGUCUGUUCAAGGACUAUUAAUAAACAAGCCACAGAUCCUCCCAGCAAUGCCAAGUGGAUAUUGAAUGUGUUAUGGGAGAUGGAAGGCAUUGAUGUUCAUCUUGAUACCAACAUUGGCAAAAAACUCUCUGGCCUUGCCCACACCCUCACGGCUCUUGCUGGAGACCCUAAUGAUGACGAUGCUGUUGACAUUCUCAAUGAAGCUGACUCGCCUGAUGGAACGAUGAGCAAACUGCCAUGGGGCCAGCAUGAAGCUCCCACCCGGAGACAGACCAUUGCAGCUGAACACCUGCCUGCCUUUGUGUUUGAUACUACUUUAGAACCCAAAGUGAGAGCAAGACUCAUUGAGAAAGAAAUGAAUGAACAAGCUAUUGUUGUUCAAGAUCUCAAACAACUCGGUGCUUCACAGUCAGUUGUUGACAUAGAAAUCAGAAAACUGGAAGGCUUGCAAAUGCUAUUAUUUAAUGAUUUCCGGAGAGAUGUUUUGAAUAAGUUGAAAAAACAGGGAGAAAAGGCUUCCGUACUUAAGGACACUUUGGGUCUCGGGCACAAACCUACUCACUCUAGGUCCAAAUCAUUUGGUGGGCAUCAUCCACGAAGACAUCACAGAAGCGAGUCUAAUGGCAAAGCUCAUAUAUUGCGACACACAGAAGGCCUGGCCGAAGGCUCGUCUUCUGAAAUUAAAUCUUUAAUCACGCAUGCCGAAAUGCCAUUUGAGUCGUCACCUGACACAUCUCCUGGCUCACCCGAUACUAACAAUAUUUUUGACUUCCGCAAUGGAAGUAGCAGCAUCCAGGAGCCAAUGAGACAUCAUUCUCUACGCUGUCCAGUCUCCCACAGACCAUAUAACCUUCACGACAUCUUGUCUUCCAGUUCAGAGGCAUCAUUGUCUUCAGAUGAAGAAUUAUCUUUAGACCAGAAAGAACCAUUCCAACCUCUUCAUCCAGCCAAAGUUCUGUCCCACUCUUUAGAAAAAGUCUGUAGUGUGUAUCUUCCCCUGACAAGUGAUGGCAGGCCAUUUGACAACAGCAAGCAAGUGAGGUACCAGCAAUCUUCAACACCAACCCCAAGCAGUUCUUCAAAGGUGGGUUCAGUACCUCCUGGUAGUGCACCCUCUGGAUCAGCGACAGCAGCAUCUACUGCAGCCUCUUCAGCAUCUUCAAGCAAUACACCAGAUCCCAGCGUAGACUUUGAGCUCGAUUUCAAAGUGUUUAUUAACAGUGGAAAGUGGAUCCUGCAUCCAAAAGACAACAAAGAAGAAGACCUCAAGAAGGGGGUUCACAAAAAGCCGGAGACAUCUCCUGUCACUGGCCGUAAAAAGAUGAAGCGACAAGACUCCAAUACAACGUUAUUCACUCAUACAAGUCAUACGAAGAAAGGGCCCCCGGUACAACCACCGGCUGUUGAGAACACAGUAUUCUUCUUGCCAGGCUUAGAUGUGAGAGUUCACUAUAAUUCUAAAACUAGUGCUUUAGAUUCACCUGCUGCUAAGCCAGGUAUGCCAACAGUUAAUCUAGUUCCAGAAACGACCCCAGAAAAGGACAAAGAUAAAGACACAAUUUCAACACCCAGCAGCAAACGAAGCAAUGUAAAGAAAGCUAAUUUGUACGCUUGGGUGUUUUUGCAAUCACUGCCUGAGGAAAUGAUUAUCAGCCCCUAUUUACUUGAUUUCCUUGAACAAGCAUUGGAACCAUUACCACUGUCUCAACCAUUUUCCACGAAGAAAGCUGAGUUAGUGGGUCAAGUCUUGAUGGAUUUGGACGCUUCUACAACGUCCCUUGGUCUACCAGCUGCCUAUGCCUCUUUCCCUGUAGACGUCGUCGUAUUCAUACGUGUUGAUUCGUCUGUCAUUCGAUUCAACUGUGCACCAAUGUCACGCGUUGAAUGCAUGAUUCAAGUGCCGUCACUUGAGACGGUUUUCUCGACUAAAGGAACAGAUGAGAAUGUCAUUGGAGAGGGAACACCUCCAUUGAAAGCCAAAAACCACAAACGAUCGCCGUCAGUUCACCGAGAAAGAAACUACAGUGGAAACCAGGACAGCUCUACGGGCAGCAGUGGUUCUACGUUUGGUGGCACUCUGGGACAUGGUGGGAUGCGACCUCGUGUCAGUAGUACUGCAUCAGAAUACACAAGCCAAGCCCAGCUCACCUCUUCCGGUGGACUUAGUUUUACUGCUUGUUUGACAAAUUUCUCAUUGUAUAUAUUCCAUCCUUAUGGGGGAGGACAAAGAAAACAACAGACCGUUGGAUCUCCAGGCUAUCUGGGGGGAUUCCAGAAAUCAGAACUUGGUUGCAUUCAAGAACAUGGUGGUAAUCUUUUCACUGAAUUUACUCGUAAAGAUUCCCUUAGUCUCAAUGUUGAAUUCAUUAAAGUACAUAUAUCACGGAGUCGCAAACUGGACGUACGUCUUGGAGACCCCAUGUUCACCGGUUCUUCUUCUACGAUGAGCCAACCUCCACAACCCACACCAACAACAGGCGGAGUCCGUUCAGAAGGAAUUAAAUCGAAUUGUGUAAGAUUUUCAGCAAUAUGUGAUAUCGGCUCCGCGUCUUUCAAAUAUGACAUGCGCCGACUUUCUGAAAUUCUCUCCUUCCCGAAAGCUUGGUAUCGUCGUAAUCUAGCUCGACGGAUGUUCCUUGGUGAUGAGAGCGUUGCACAAGCGGCAUCAGAUGAAGAUGUGUUUAGCUCCUCCUGCAGUAGUUCUGUGACCAGUGAAUCACCACAGUUUGUUUCUGUUAUGAAAUCACUCACUUCCCCCGCCUUGCAUAUAUAUAACGGUACAGGACCAUUGAUUGAUCAAGACUACUCCUGCCAUGAUAGCAAUGGUCAUCUCUCUGGUCAGCUAUCGACUGCGUCCUCAAAAUGCCGCCUAGCUGGACCAAUGACUUCUGGCUCUAAAAACUACCAUUUCAAGAAGCACCAUAGAAGGGCAUCGUCUGGGGAUAAAUGGAAAAUUCAAGUCAGUCAAGAACUAAAAGCUGAAAUUGCAAAAUUUUCAGGCAAAGGUAUCAGUGCAUCAGUGCCGCCAUCCCCAGAUGCACCCAACCUCGACACAGUGAGUGCACCACCACCAAAGGCAACAUCCUCCAAAAACAAAUCUGGAAUCGGUCAGUACUUCUCCCCAGAAUUGGGCCGGCACCGUAACAACUCGGGCCACCAGACUGCUGGUGUGUCCACAGCAUGGGAGACGCUGGUGCUGUUUGCCGUCAACUUGUCCACCCUCGACGUCAACGUCAACAUGAGUAAUGUCAUGGGCAAUACAACUUGGGCCACCAAAGAUAUCAAGAGCCAGGGCCGACUCUCUAUUGAUAGUUUUGGCCAUAAAAACAUGAAAGUUACUGCAGGAUUGGGCAGUUCUAUGCUCGUCUCGAAAGGCGGUGUUGUGGGUGGAACUAUUGAUCUCCAGGACCUCCAUACAUACUUUACUGUCCUCGAAGAUCCCGAACAAGGAAAUCCUCCAGACCACCAAUCUGGUCUUUCCCUGUUUGCUGCCGAGGCUCGCCUUGACUACAUGGGUUCCAGUGUCCUGAUGACCCGUAUAAGCUCCCUGAAGCUCCACUUCAGGGAUGAGUGGCUCCUUGAUGCCGACAUGAAACCAGACAUGCCAUUGGCUACAAAACGACCAGCAAUAUUGUUUGUCCAUGGAACACUGGACUGGGAUAAAUUCCACAUCAUGAUUUCACGGUCAACUACACCAGACCUAUUAAAAAUGGCUGCCAAAUUGGAAGAGUUCUUCACCACCUAUCUCACUAACAGCAAGAGAGUCCUUUCUGCUUUUGGACCGAUUGGGGGAUCAAUGAAGAGCAAAUCAUCAACCAAACGCAAAAACUCAGAAGAUUUGGGAGUAAGCUACAGUUCAGUUUGGCAUCACCGACAUUGGCAGAAAGUCUUGGUUGUUGCUGCUGGAUGUAGUUUUUCCAUGUUGCCAUCCCCUUUACCAAAGGAAGGUACUAUUUUGGGAGGAACGGUUACACUUAAAGGCAACAAUCUGUCUCUUGCCUGUUUCCAUGGCUUCAACUUCCGUUCAAAGUCUUGGGCCAUCUUCACCAUUAAUGAACCUGACAUCAUAUUUGCUACAGAAGCUCAAAAGAGUGCUGAAGGAGGAACUUGUAUUGUACAAGAUCUCACCUUCCGUGUUGGACACGACACCACUCAACACAUCAGCGAAAAGAAUAUGGCAACUAUUUGCAAGUUAUCUCGUGGCCAUUAUAUGCCACCCCCUUUCACCAGUGUUCGGGAAUGGUUUCACUAUGCUUUUGCAUCAGCAGAAAUUAAAGAUCUUGACACGUUUCCUGCCAUCCAGCACGACAAACCGGAAAGUCCAACGGAACAUAAAAAAUCACGGAAAACCCAGGACUACAGUCAUGAUCGAGAAAUUAUUUUUGCUUUCCCUUCAAUGCAAAUGCAUUUCAAGACGAAACAUUUCCAAGGGGAACAUGAACCCUCCAUGGAAGAAGACAAACCUAUUGUUGAAUGCAGCUUCAUCACAGAAUUUGAAGACCAUAUUUCUGUUGCUAUGGAUGCUGAAGUGAUCUGGUUUCUACACGACUUGGUCUCCUCCUAUAUUAAAGAAAAAGAUAAAAGUACAGCUCGUCUCGGGUUCAACGCUUCAACGAAAGCCAAUAGUGGAAUCAAGUCUCCAGAGAUGGAGAGGAAGAAAUUAAUUGUUCCAACUGUGGCUCUCAAGCAAGACUGGCGCCAGUUUGAAUGCAAGACUUGGCACUUAGAACCUACAGUUCGGUUGGUGCAUUGGGCUAGUCGCCAGAUUGAUCCCAUUGGAGUUGACUAUAUUUUACAGAAGCUCGGUUUUUCUCAUGCCCGUGUCACAAUCCCCAAAUGGAUGCAGCGUGGUUUCAUGGAUCCCAUGGACAAAAUGUUGGCAGUCCUUGUCAAUAAGUUAAUGAUUGUGCUCCGAGACAAACCAAACGCUGCCGACGAGGACACUUGAGACAAACCGGACAGUGUCUUGUCUUGUGGAGACUUGACAAAAUGACUUGAAUCACAUCUGAAUCACAUGAACAUACAAUGGCUGUGCCUCACUGAAGUGUAAUAAUUUUACCUCUCCUCCUCCUCAUCAUCAUUACAGCCACAACAGCAGCCAUCAUCAUCAUCAUCAUCACCACCACCAUCAUCUCAUAAUAUCAAUAACAACAAGAACAAUAAUAAUAAUUUUGAUAUACUAAAGAGGCAUGUCAUUUAUUCAAUGAUUUGAAGCAACAAAACAAGAAAACAAAUCAGCCUUGAAGCAGGUUGGUGUCAGAAUUGAGAGCAGCACAUCAGACAAAAUACCUUGUGAUAUUUGGUAA